AUGAAGUUACUUCUAGCUGUACUGUUAACUUUGACUGUUGUCAGUGGAAAACCAGCUAGCGAACUGGACGAGAAACAUGAUGCGAAGAGAAUCAUCUGUUCACUUGUAAUGUGUGACAUCUACUGUCCUUAUGGUCACGCUAAAGACGCCAGGGGCUGCCCUCUCUGCGGAUGUAACGAUCAGACAACAACAGCAAUACCAGUACAUCGCUGUCCUCUUGUGAUGUGUGACAUCUAUUGUCAGGGCGGCUUGAAAGUCGGGGCUGACGGUUGUCGUCUGUGUCAGUGUAACGACAUUGCUGAUGUGUAG